GCCGGCACUCUCUCAGUCGCUCCGACUCGGGAACCAGGGCAUCAGCAGCGGAGAUAGCAGGCAUUACUUCGCCCCACUAGGCUAACUCGCUUUGGGCUUUGGUUUAGGAUGGAAACCUUCUCGAUUUCUCGGAGCCGACGAUGCUCCAUCGUGCGCAACUGCAAAAACGGCAUCUCCCUCUGGUUGGCGGUGUGGAUGCUCCUUGGCAAGCAGAGUCCGGCAUCAGGGUGCCCGCACCUGUGUGUGUGUUACCCGACUCCAAUGACCGUGAGCUGCCAGGCGCAAAACUUCACCACCGUCCCGGUUGGAGUGCCUUACGAGUCGCAACGCGUUUUCCUCCAGAACAACCGGAUCACGGAGCUUAGAGUUGGCUCGUUUGGCUUCGGUACGCAGGUCCUGUGGUUGUUUUCCAACAACAUCACAUGGAUCGAGGCAGGCGCUUUCAGUGAGCUGAGGGACUUGGAGGAGUUGGACCUGGGGGACAACCCGAACCUUCACAGGCUGGAAGGAGGAGCGUUCCGCGGCCUGGAGAAGCUCCAGAGCCUCCAUAUGCACCGCUGCAGACUCACCGCCCUGCCCCACGACAUUUUCCACAAACUCUACAGCCUGCAUUAUCUCUACUUACAGGAAAACAAUCUUCACUUCCUGCAGGAUGACAUCUUUUCUGACCUGAUCAACCUGAGUCAACUUUUCCUACAUGGAAACCGCAUACGCACCAUCUCAGAAAACGUCUUUCGUGGCCUGGUAAACCUCGACCGCUUGCUCCUACAUGACAACCGCAUCAGGCAGGUGAACCGCAGGGCCUUCCGCGACCUCGGCCGUCUGACCAUGCUGUUCCUCUUCAACAAUUCACUGCCUGAGCUGCCCAGUCAGACCCUGAGGGACACUCAGGGCAUCGAGUUCCUCCGCCUCAACUCCAACCCCUGGUCCUGUGGCUGCGAGGCACGCGCCCUGUGGGAGUGGUUCCGGGAGGCCCGUGUCUCCUCAUCGGAGGUGAUCUGUGCAUCUCCGUCCACAAGACGUGGUCAGGACCUUCGCUUUCUUCGUGAAAUGGACUUCGCCCUCUGUCCCCUGCCCGAUCCUGGCUCCAUCGCCGGUUCAACCACCACCACCUUCAGUACCAAAACCAGGUGGUGGUUCCACAAAAACAAGCCCCAGUCGUCAACGAAAGGUGUCUUUGAGAAAGCUUCAGAGACCGUCAAGGCCGGUUUGUAUGGGAAAGGCCCAUCCACAACCACAUCAGUGGUCAAGUAUGAGCUGGGGGAGGAAGAACUGGCACUGCCCAAACUUGACCAGGAAGAGUACUGGGCAAACUAUGGCAACGAGGACUCAGGUGUCACCCUGCGAUGCUUUGAGCUUGAAUGUCCACCUGAGUUCGACCUGCCUCCAUUUUCCUCCUCUACCUCACCCUCCUUGUCCUCCUUCCUCUCACUACUAACCUUCUCCGUGUUUACAUUCAACCUCCACUGGCUCUUUGGCUGAAUGUGAAUUCCCCCUCCCCUUACCUUCCAGCCUGUUUUAAAGGCUGCGAAGAUCCCUGUUAGACUCUCUAUACCCUCUUCGCCCGCUCUGCUGUAUGCUCAUGCUCAGUGCACAGCGAGGGAGAUAGAGGGAUGGUACGAUUCUAAUUCUACCACCUACAGGGCUUUACAUUUUUCAGGGCUGCUAGGAGAUCCUCAGAUAUAUGGCAUGUGCAACGUGCGGCAGGCAUGGCUCUGUGCCUCGAGCUUUGAGGGCUGAGUCCGUCAUGAACGUCAGCGAGGUUCGACAGCAGUAAAUGAUGUCAUUACUUUAUCAACUCCACUGAGUCAAAACCAAUCGUGCAAUUGUUGCACCCCGGCUCGUACUAAAUAAUUACUGUUAGAAAACAGUGCAUAGUAACAACGGUAUUGUAACCACUUACAGUGUCAUGUAAAUACAAUGUAUGUUUGUCGUGGGUGUUCGAAUAGAUGUUGUCCAGGUCAUCUUGAUCCAGGGAAAGUGUGAAUGAAGGCUUAGCGGGCACAGACAGAUCGCUUACGCUGAGAAUCUGCUCAGGGAGUAAAAUGGAACGCGAAGAAGGAGAAGAGACGUACGUCUGGCACGAGGACACCUGUGAAGAAACCCGUUUAGCGAGAAAGAGAGAUGGUUGCUCUUAGCAAUUGGAGAAGACGCAGGACAGAAGAAGCAGCCACCAGCGGGAGAAGAGUAAAACAUCCUCUGAUUAGCAGCUAUAUUCAUUUCUGUAUGAAUGUUUUUGCAUUUUCUUUGCUUACGACAAAUGUCGGGGAAAAAUUCUUCCUGUCAGGAAGCUUGAGAUUGGAUGUCUUUUUGUGACACAUUGAUAUCAUGUGAAAAGAUGAACAUAUUUAUAAAGAGAUAUGCUGAAUAUUUGCAUCAUGCUUUUCUUUCGAGAGAUGCUUGUGAAUUUUAUCAGUCAUUCUUUGUAUUCUCAGGACAUUGAAUCCAUUGCAAAUGGACUCUUCAGGUUGCCUGAGAAGGCGUUUUCGCCUCUCAUCUGAGCAGACUUCAUCAGUCCAUGCUCAAAGAGUCCUUUCUAGUCCUAUCUAGUCUUUGAGCGGGCUUCAUCAGUGCAUGCUCAAAGAGCCCAACUAAUCCUUUCGAAUCUUUGACCAGGCUUUAUCAGGUCAUCCACAAAGUGUCCUAUCUGGUCUUGGAACAUUAACUGAUCAAGCCUACUCGAAUCAGAGGCGAAACAUCUUUUAAGACAACCUGAGCAGGCGGAUUUGAUCGAUCCAAUCCUUGAGAGAUGCUAAUCAGUGAAGGUGCUCAGCAUCCUACUUUUUGUCACAAAAAUCUAAAGUCGGCCCAAAGUAGCAGAUUGUUGCUGCGUGACUAAAUCUGACUAAAGAGCAGCAAAAGGUCGGACCGCUCAUUCGUACGGAAUCAGGCUGGCCCAUUGGGGUCUGGCUGUGCAGGGCGUCUGUCUCGGUGUGGAUAAAUAAGCUUGAAUGGAUUCACAAGCUGGCAGCGCUGCAAAAGGCAAUUACGUCAAUCGCUUUAUCACUCCAGUGAGUCAUCUGUCGGCGAUGCCAGAUGGAGCGAUGAAGUGACAAUUGGCUGAUUUGCAAGAACGCCCAGAGAGCAAUGGGAGUCUUCAUGAAGACAUCUUGAUACAGACGAUAAACGAAGACGCACAAAAGGUCAUGUGUGUGCAGAAGGCUGAUCGAAGUGGGAAAGGAGGAUGAGAAAAGACUACAGAGACGGAUGAAGGAAUGAUUAAAACAGGCAUCAUGCGACCUCCUUAGGUGACUUAGCACACCUCAAAUGUUAUUUUUUUGUCAGAUGCAGCAAAAGGGGAGUGAAUCAAGAUCAACAUAAAGUAGGAGCGUGAAGAGUGCGUGUGCACACACUGACUCUCACCAAGCAAGGUGUCCUUGGUCUUGCAAAACAAGCAAGCCAAGCAUUACGCCACUUAAAAGUCUUUUUUUUCAGUCACUUCAAAAAGCUGUCAUGGAGGAAGACGAACGGCGAAGUCAUCAAACAAACCCGUUUCCCUUAAAUUGUUUUCUUCUUCAAUUUGUCAUUGUGUGUGAUCAGCUGAGUUUCUUGUGAAAGAAAUACAAAGCAUACAUUUGUUAUUUAUUUUUACUGUCAAAAGAGAAAAAAACAUG